AUGGCUCCUUCCCAUUGGAACUGUAGAAUCCUCCAUUGCGUGCCCCGUGAGAAGCUUUCUUUCAUUCCGUGUACGCAGCAUGAAAGAACUGUAAAUAAGCUUCCUUGGCAACAUUUGAUUUUAGUCCAAUUCCUGAGCGGCGGCGCCACGGUGGUUUCCUUGAGCUUCCCUGCUGAUUCCUCCGGUGAGUUGAAAAAUUACUCCUUAAGUACUUCCGGUGAGUUUGCCGCAGUUUUUUCGGGUUCACUUCACCUUGCAAAUUAUCAUUCUCACUGGUUGUACUACUACCCUCACUGGAAAAUGGCGGCGUCACUUCGCAUUAAUGCCAAUCCCCUGAGCCACCAAAUUCAGUUCCCAUCAAAAUCCUUCUCCAAGCGCUCCCCGAGAUUGGCCGUGGUCCGGUGCGCCGCCGCCACUUCAUCAACCAGGCGCUACACCAUCACACUUCUCCCUGGCGAUGGAAUUGGCCCCGAAGUCGUCUCCGUUGCCAAAACUGCCCUUCAACUCGCCGGUUCUCUUGAAGGGAUUGAAUUUGGGUUUAAGGAGAUGCCCAUGGGAGGUGCCGCCUUAGAUUUGACGGGAGUACCAUUGCCAGAGGAAACUCUCUCCACUGCGCAACAAUCUGAUGCUGUUCUGCUUGGAGCUAUUGGAGGGUAUAAAUGGGAUAACAAUGAGAAACAUUUAAAACCUGAGACUGGAUUGCUUCAGCUCCGCAAAGGUCUGAAGGUCUUUGCCAAUUUGAGGCCUGCUACUGUUUUACCACAGUUAGUUGAUGCUUCGACGUUGAAAAAAGAAGUCGCUGAAGGUGUUGACUUGAUGGUUGUAAGGGAGCUUACAGGAGGUAUCUAUUUUGGACAACCGAGGGGUUUUAGCACAAACGAAGACGGAGAGGAAGUUGGAUUCAACACCGAGGUUUAUGCUGGUUAUGAGAUUGAUCGAAUUGCUCGUAUUGCCUUUGAAACUGCUAGGAAGCGUCGUGGAAAGCUUUGCUCUGUUGAUAAAGCAAAUGUCUUGGAGGCAUCUAUGUUGUGGAGGAAGAGAGUAACCGCAUUGGCUUCUGAAUACCCUGAUGUAGAGCUCUCUCAUAUGUAUGUUGACAAUGCUGCCAUGCAACUAGUCCGUGCUCCAAAGCAGUUUGACACGAUUGUAACCAAUAAUAUCUUUGGUGACAUCUUGUCAGAUGAAGCUUCCAUGAUUACUGGAAGUAUUGGGAUGCUUCCAUCUGCUAGCCUCGGUGAAUCUGUAUGCAUCAAGUUUUCUUCCCCGAUUUUUAUUCCUUAUAGAGAAGUAGCUGAUAGUUCUGUGUAA